AUGUAUGUAUACAUCGUUUCUCUUUUUGUUACAUCCCAAAACGAGGCUAGCAAUCAGACAAAAAAGAUAAGCUUAGGAAAUCGUACCUGUUUCGCAAUCGGCCAAAUCAUCCUCUCCGACGUGAUGGAAACAGAAGCGGUGGUUAGUACCAUCGCCGGCGUCGACUGUUUCAUUUCACUCCCUCGUCAAUUACUACACGCGCUUCAAUCCACUAGCUCCUCUCCUCCUCCGCUUCUCCCUGUCGAGCUCCGCUCCGGUGACCGCCGUUGGUCAGUUGCUUGGUCCGGCUCUAGUUCCUCCUCUUCUGCGAUCGAGGUCGCUCGAGUGUUUGCGGAAAGCAUUUCGUUACAGGUUAAAGUUCGUGUUAAAGUUCGUGUUCUUCCUAAUGUGCCCAAGGCUACUUUAGUAACAGUCGAACCAGAGACUGAAGAUGACUGGGAAGUUCUUGAGCUCAAUGCAGAACUUGCCGAGGCAGCUAUACUUAGUCAGGUGAGGAUACUACAUGAGACCAUGAAAUUCCCUUUGUGGUUGCAUGACCGAACUGUGAUAAGGUUUGCAGUGGUUUCAACAUUUCCAUCAAAAGGGGUGGGUAAGACCAUCUUUAAUCCGAUUUUAGUAUCCUGUUCUACGCUUGCCUUGGAGAAGGUUCAACACAUCCAUCAAGUCCUUUCUAGUGUAAUAGCUGAGGGCUUGGAACAUGCACCAUCCGUCAUCAUUUUGGAUGAUCUCGAUAGCAUUAUCUCAUCGUCUUCAGAUACCGAAGGAACACAAGCUUCGGUUGGGGUUACGAUGCUUACAAAAUUCCUAACAGAUGUUAUAGAUGAUUAUGGGGAAUACAAGAAUAACUCUUGUGGAAUUGGCCCACUUGCAUUCGUUGCUUCUGUCCAGUCUCUAGAGCAAAUUCCACAGACAUUGAGCUCAUCAGGACGGUUUGAUUUCCAUGUGCAACUGGCUGCUCCUGCUACCUCGGAACGUGGGGCCAUACUGAAGCAUGAGAUACAGAAACGCCUUUUAGACUGUUCAGAAGACAUAUUGCUUGACUUAGCUGCUAAAUGUGAAGGAUAUGAUGCAUAUGACCUGGAAAUAUUGGUUGAUAGAGCUGUUCAUGCUGCCAUUGGCCGGCAUCUACCUUGUGAAUCAAAUAUAUCCAAAUAUAAUUUGGUCAAAGAAGACUUUACUCGAGCUAUGCAUGAUUUUGUGCCUGUUGCCAUGCGUGACAUCACAAAAUCCGCCUCUGAAGGUGGUCGUUUGGGGUGGGAAGAUGUGGGAGGUGUGACUGAUAUUAAAAAUGCUAUCAAAGAGAUGAUUGAGCUGCCAUCAAAAUUUCCAAAAAUCUUUGCAAAAUCUCCUUUGCGUUUGAGAUCGAAUGUUCUCUUGUAUGGCCCACCCGGUUGUGGGAAGACUCACAUUGUUGGUGCAGCUGCUGCAGCGUGUUCCCUACGGUUUAUAUCAGUGAAGGGGCCUGAGUUGUUAAACAAAUACAUUGGUGCAUCUGAACAAGCGGUCCGUGAUAUAUUUUCAAAAGCAGCAGCUGCAGCACCAUGCAUACUCUUUUUCGAUGAAUUCGAUUCAAUUGCUCCCAAGAGAGGACAUGAUAAUACCGGUGUAACUGAUCGAGUUGUUAAUCAAUUUUUGACAGAACUGGAUGGAGUUGAAGUUCUAACCGGUGUCUUUGUAUUUGCUGCAACCAGUAGACCAGAUCUACUUGAUCCUGCACUCCUAAGGCCUGGCCGGCUUGAUCGUCUUCUUAUGUGCGACUUUCCUUCCCCACCAGAACGAUUAGAGAUUCUUACAGUUCUUUCUAGAAAGCUUCCAAUGGCUGAUGAUAUUGACUUAGAGCCUAUAGCUUUGAUGACUGAAGGCUUCAGUGGAGCUGAUCUUCAAGCUCUUCUCUCAGAUGCGCAACUUGCAGCUGUACACGAGUAUCUGAACAGAGAAGAUAAACCUGAGACUGGAACUACGCCAAUAAUAACCGAUCCUCUUUUGAAGUCGAUCGCUUCUAAAACUAAACCAUCAGUCUCCGAAACCGAGAAACAAAAGCUCUAUGACAUAUAUAGCCAGUUUCUGGAUUCAAGAAAAUCGUCAAGAGAAGCAAAGGGCAAAAGGGCAACCUUAGCAUAAUCAAAGGUAUUACAAAGACAAAAAAGAAUGGUUACAUUGUAGAAAUCACAUGAAGAUGUAAAAUUUGCUUUAUGCUGAGUGUUAGCAUUAUAGUUAAAAAGUAAAAAAAAUGGUUGAGGUUUGGAAUAAAGAUAGUUAGUGAGCCAUAUGGUAAGUUCUACAAAAUUCAAACGACUAUAAACACCUCUACAGUAAUAAGAUUCAUAAAUUUGUUUUAGUAGUUUUGGAAUUUUAGAAGCUGUAAUAUUUUUAUAAAAACAAGAUAUGAAGAUUGUAUUCAAGUUC